GCGCGCUACGCUCCCGUCCUGCGUGAUGACGUUAGCGCGCCCGCGCCAGCCGAGGGAGGAGUGGAAGCUGUGGGCUCUGAGGCGCCGGGGUUCGGGUAACCCAGACGCCUCUGGGCCCGGCGAUGGAGUUUCCAGACCUCGGGGCUCACUGUUCGGAGCCGAGCUGUCAGCGCUUAGAUUUUCUGCCGCUCAAGUGUGAUGCAUGUUCUGGCAUCUUCUGCGCAGACCAUGUGGCCUACGCCCAACACCACUGUGGAUCUGCCUACCAAAAGGAUAUCCAAGUACCAGUCUGCCCCCUCUGUAAUGUGCCUGUGCCUGUGGCAAGAGGGGAGCCCCCUGACCGGGCUGUGGGAGAGCACAUUGACAGAGACUGUCGAUCUGAUCCAGCACAGCAAAAACGCAAGAUCUUCACCAAUAAGUGUGAACGUUCUGGCUGCCGGCAACGAGAGAUGAUGAGACUGACUUGUGAUCGCUGUGGCAGAAACUUCUGCAUCAAGCACCGUCACCCACUGGAUCAUGAUUGUUCUGGGGAAGGGCACUCAACCAGCCGGGCAGGACUUGCUGCUAUCUCCAGAGCACAAGGUCUGACAUCUACAACCACUGUUCCUAGCCCAAGUCAGACCUUGCCUUCUUCCACUUCUCCCAGCAGCCUGUUGUUGAAUAUCUGCCAUAGAACCACAACCCAGUCUCCAUCCCGGACAGCCCCUCCAGUGAUUGCUUUGCAGAAUGGCUUGAGUGAGGAUGAGGCUCUGCAGCGUGCCCUGGAACUAUCUCUGGCAGAGACCAAACCCCAGGUUCCAAGUUCUCAGGAGGAAGAAGACUUGGCUUUAGCACAAGCUCUGUCAGCCAGUGAGGCAGAAUACCAACAGCAGCAGGCGCAGAGCCGCAGCUCGAAGCCGUCCAACUGCAGCCUGUGCUAGGGUCAUGGGCUUGGGGAGGAGGCUCAGCUGAGGACUGUGGCCCUCACAUCUCCAGGGUACACAGGACGAGGAGGUGCAGAGCAGCCUGGAGUGCAGAGGCAUGCAGGAGUGAGGUGGAGGCCGCUCCAGGGAGCAUCAGGAGAAAGCUUGCCAAGCUGAGACUAUGAAAGGCCCUGCUAGCUCUCCAGCAGCUGGGAGCGUGGCUGUGAAGCGUUCAUUGACUGGGCCCUCAGUUGGUGCUGGCUAGGACUCCUUCCUAGCCCCUGCGUCAUGCCAUCCCUUUACCCUUGUGCUGCCACAGGUAGCAUACAGGGAGAGGCCUGGAAAGAAUAAAGAUCUCAAUAGUA